AUCUGUCCUUGUUGUCUGUUUAUUCAUAGUGUCGAUCAGAAAAAAUGGUUCUCAUUGCAGUCGACUCCGAGAUUUAUCACGUCUAGUGUUGUUAGUGUUCGGUCUUCUGGUUUGAAAAUGGUGUUAAAAAAGUUGUUUGUUUGGAGGAGUUCCUGUACGUGUUGUAAUAUAUUUAGGGAAAAAUUCUUGCACGUGCAGAAGAGGCAUCUGCACUUGUCUGGUGUGCUCGAAACAAACGAAGCCACUUUUAAAAAAGUGUUGAUUGCUAACAGAGGUGAAAUAGCAUGCAGAAUUAUAAGAACGGCCAAAAAGAUGGGGAUAAAAACUGUAGCAGUUUAUUCCGUUGCAGAUUCGCAAGCAAAACAUGUCAAAAUGGCGGACGAAGCUGUUUUUAUAGGACCUUCUUCAGCAAUAGAAUCAUAUUUGAAUGUGGAUAAAAUUCUGGAAGCAGUUAGGAAAACAAAUGCUGACGCUGUUCAUCCUGGAUACGGAUUUCUGUCAGAAAAUCGAGAAUUCGUUAAAAUAUUGGAAUCGGAAAACGUGGUGUUCAUCGGGCCCACAGCUGACGCCAUCUGCCGAAUGGGCGACAAACUCGAAUCGAAACGAACGGCGCUGGCGGCCGGAGUGAACGUCAUUCCCGGAUGCGACCGGAUUGUUAAGGACCUGCAUCAGUGUGUCCGCAUAUCUCGAGACAUCGGAUAUCCGGUUAUGAUCAAGGCGUCAGCUGGUGGAGGAGGUAAAGGCAUGAGAGUGGCGAGAAACGAUCAGGAAGCAAGAGAAGGCUUUCUAUUGGCAUCUCAAGAAGCUAAAUCCGGUUUCGGAGACGACAGACUCCUAAUAGAAAAAUACGUAGAAGAUCCCCGACAUAUAGAAAUACAAAUUCUAGCAGACACACAUGGAAACGUGAUCUAUCUGAACGAGAGAGAAUGUAGCAUACAACGUCGAAACCAAAAAGUGAUCGAAGAAGCACCAAGUGUAUUUCUAGAUAAAACUACAAGAAGAGCAAUGGGGGUCCAAUCUAUAUCGCUCUGCAAAAAGUUAAAGUACUUCUCGGCGGGUACUAUCGAAUUCCUGAUUGAUAAGCACAAGAACUUCUACUUUUUGGAAAUGAACACGAGACUUCAAGUUGAACAUCCAGUCACAGAAUGUACCACGGGUAUUGAUUUAGUGGAGCAGAUGUUUCGUAUUGCUAAAGGACAUCCGUUAAACAUCUCACAAGAAGAUAUUGGCAUAAAUGGAUGGGCGAUAGAAACAAGAAUUUAUGCAGAGGAUCCUUACAAGAGUUUUGGAUUGCCUAGUAUAGGAAGGUUGCAUGAAUAUAAAGAACCCCAUCACAUACCGGGUGUUCGAUGUGACAGUGGUGUUGAAGAGGGUAGCAAAAUAAGUAUGUACUACGACCCUUUAAUAUCAAAAUUAAUCUGUCAUGGAGAAAACAGGCAAGAAGCUAUAGAAAAAAGCAUUAAAGCUUUAGAUUCUUACGUUAUUCGAGGUAUCACCCACAACAUUCCGUUACUUAGAGAUAUAUUGAUGCAAGACCAAUAUAAAAAAGGGAGUUUAAGUACAAGCUUUCUACCCGAAGUCUACCCAGAAGGUUUCAAAGGCUUAAACCUUCAAGAAAAAGAAAAACAUAAACUCGUGGGUGUUGGGUGUGUGCUGUUUGCAGCCAAUCAAGUUAGAAGCAGGAAUUUUCUAAAUAUUUUUGAGUUUAAAAAACGAUCAAAAGUGUUGCAAAAUUGGGACUUACAUGUAAUAUUAGGUGACGAAGUAUUUCAGGUUGAUGUAAGCGAUUGUAAUGGACGUUUUGUAUGUAAAGUGGAUGAAAAUGUAUUUAAUAUAGAUAAAAGCAACAUUAACUUUGCCAAACCUAUACUAGAAUUAAAUAUAAAUGGAGAAAUAAAUAUUUUUCAAAUAUUAUCCAAAAAUGUUACUGGUGUUUUUGAACUUAUAUUUUAUGGAAAUAAUUAUAAACUAAAAAUAUUAUCACAAAAGGCUGUAAAAUACUUCAGUUUAAUACCCAAAAAGACUAACAACUAUAAGGCAAAUAAAAUAAAAUCUCCCAUGUCAGGAUUAGUAAAGUCAGUAUUAUGUUCUGAAGGGGACAGUGUUUUGGAUGGUCAGGAGUUAUGUGUUUUAGAGGCUAUGAAAAUGCAAAAUCUGAUAGUAGCACCAUCGAGUGGAAAAAUAAAGGAGCUUAAUAUUGAAGUUGGUGAUAAAGUAUCAGCAGGCGAUGUUUUAAUACAAUUAGAAUAAAAGUGAUACUGUUAUAUUAUUUUUAUUUUUCUUCUAUUUUAUAUUUUAAAUUGAAAGUAUUAUUUAUAAUAUAUAGCAAUUUUUCGAAUUUACAUUAAAUGGUAUUGUGAUUAAAGA